AUGAUCUAUUUAGUUUGCUAUACUUGUAUCUCGAGGCAUUUCAUGUCUCCUGCCUUCAAAAGAUAAUGUCCCAAAUGCUUGGAGCCUAUCACCAGCAAGCCAGAUUUGCAGCUCGUGAAGGAUUUGACUUUUCAAAGUCUUGCUGACUGGAUAUUCCCAGAAUUCGUCAUCAAAGAAAACGAAUUAAGAGCACAACUUAUUGAGAGUUUCAAGAAGAGAAGAGAGGAAUCCUAAGCUUAGAUAAGUUAGCAACAGCUGUUAAGCAUGAGUCCUUAGAUCUAGAUAUCGUCUAGCAGCAACUGCAGUUCAAGUGAUUCUAUGAUGUCGGUGAUCAAGAUUGAGUCUAGCUCAAACUCUCAGAACUCAAAUUCUAUCACCUCUCAAUCUUUGCCGUCAGUAUGUUUUCCACCUUAGCCAGAGAUCAAUUUUGAGUUUUACCUGAUGCCUUUCAAGGAUGACGAUCACCACCUGAUUCUGGACGAAUUACCUAAGAAACUUAAAUUUGCCAACAAAAACAAGACCAUUCUUACGAUAAAAAAGCACAUUCACAACUACUUGAAUGAGCCUAUCGAGAACAUCGAGAUACUUUGCAAGAACUUCCCUGUCGCUGACUCUCACUCUCUGGAGUAUAUCAAAAAGACUAAAUGGAAAAACUCAAACAAGAAAAUGGAGUUGCAGUAUAAAAGGAAAAAUAGAGUCUAGGUUGAUAAAAAGAAACUGCAGAAUGAUAUCUUCUUUUGA